AUGGGUCACGACCACUCCAAGUCAUCGAUGGGUGCAUUUUCAAACUCUUUCGACAGUGCCACGGUAUACCAAGCUAAGAAACAAACACUAGCUCCAAGACGAGCCGAUUCUACGGCUUCAGAUGAUAUGCAAUCGACCAGUCUUCGAGAACCGAGUAGGUCGACCGGCUCACUCACAGUCAAAAAAGGAGAGUUGAGGCGACAGAAGAAGGUCAGCAUGGAAAGGGUAGGCUAUUUUUAA